GGAGGAAGCCGACAGGAGGAGGAGAGUCCUGAUGAAUGCUCUGAUUAUUCAGAUGAAGAAAACACCGUGAAGCAGGAAACCUCCUCAGAGUGAAGGCUGCUUUCCUGAAGUCUGGGAGUCAGAACUCAGGAUGAGUGACGUCCGGUUUGCUUCAGCUUCCUCCUCUGUCGCCAUGGUAACAACAGGCCCAUUACCAGGAUGCAGUUCCCUCAGCAACGAGCCUCCAGCCUUCGUUCUGCCUCCACGCAAUGCCCGAGUCUCUCUGGGAGCGGACGCUCGACUGGAGGGAAAGGUGCGAGGUCAUCCUGAGCCCCAGAUCACAUGGUACAGGGACGGCAGGGCUGUGAUUGGUGGAGAGCGCUGUGUCAUGGAGAGAGGUGGACGGGGCACCUUCAGCAUGCUGGUGGGCGGAGUCAGAGAAGAAGACCUGGGCUGCUACACCUGCCAGGCAACCAAUCAGGCGGGGAGCCGUCAGGUUACUGUGGAGAUCCUUCUGGAAGAAACUUCUGGGAAAAAAUAUGGCUUCCCGUCCUCCAUGAAAACAGGGUAUCGCUCUGCGGUGGAGAACAGGCCCAGUAUUUGGGGUGAAAGUCCGCCAAGGUUUGUCUCCAAACCGGGUCGAGUGUUUACCAAACUGGGACAGACUGGAAAGUUCUCUGCCAAAACCACAGGACGCCCUCAACCCCAGGUCACAUGGUUCAAGGAGGAGGCGGAGCUUCAGACUGGUGGGCGGGUCACUAUGUAUGAGCGCUCUGGCCUGCACUUCCUGGAGAUAAAGGAAGUGUGUCUGGAGGAUGCAGGAAGUUACACAUGUUCUGUCAGCAACAGCGCCGGGACGGCAGCCGCCACUGCUGAGCUGAGUGUCCAGAGUCCUCCUGAUGGCUCCGGCAGGACCGUCCGACCAGCUGAGGAACCACGAACCAGGGACAGAACUCUGACAGUGGAUGAUAGUGCUCCCAGUGCUUCCAGUGGUCCCAGUGCUCCAAGGGCUCCAAGUGCUUCCAGUGCUCCCAGGGCUCCCAGUGCUCCCAGUGCUUCCAGUGCUCCCAGUGCUCCCACAGAGAAGCCCCUCCCUCAGCCUCGACAGGGAACCUCCUGGAGGAGCAGACAGCUCCCCCUAGUGUCUGAGAAGAAGACUUCAGCUGCUCCAUCUGCUGGAAUUUUUCAGUCUCCUGUGAGUCCUGCUCUGCUUCAGACCGGUCCAGUCCAGCAGACAGCAGCGGCAUUAGACAGCAGCAGCAGGGCUGUGAGGAGGUCGGGGUUGGGGUCCAGUCUGCGGUUCGAAGCCAUUCCUCUGGACCAGGAGGCUACAGAGGGAGCACAGGUCACAUUCACCUGUCAAGUCUCAUCAGCUGCUGUUGCUACGGUUACAUGGCUGAAGGACGGGGGUCAGGUGAAACCCGGACCAGGUCUGCAGCAGAGACAGGAUGGCACCCGUCUCACCCUCAACAUGGAGAGAGUGACACAGGCUGACCGCGGCAACUACAGCUGUCAGCUGAUCACUGCUGAUGGACAGAAGGUUACCUCUGCAACAUGGACGCUGUCUGUCAACAGUGUGUCUGGGCAGCCUCCAGUGUUCGUCAGCGCUCUGCAGGGCUGUUGUGUAUCGGAGGGUCAGACUAUCAGCCUGCAGGUCUCUGUUGAGGGAAAACCUGCUCCAGGUGUCAGCUGGUUGCAUAACGGUCAGUACUGUCAUGGUUUCACUGUGUGGUAUCGCUCUGCGGUGGAGAACAGGCCCAGUAUUUGGGGUGAAAGUCCGCCAAGGUUUGUCUCCAAACCGGGUCGAGUGUUUACCAAACUGGGACAGACUGGAAAGUUCUCUGCCAAAACCACAGGACGCCCUCAACCACAGGUCACAUGGUUCAAGGAGGAGGCGGAGCUUCAGACUGGUGGGCGGGUCACUAUGUAUGAGCGCUCUGGCCUGCACUUCCUGGAGAUAAAGGAAGUGUGUCUGGAGGAUGCAGGAAGUUACACAUGUUCUGUCAGCAACAGCGCCGGGACGGCAGCCGCCACUGCUGAGCUGAGUGUCCAGAGUUCUUCUGAUGGCUCCGGCAGGACCGUCCGACCAGCUGAGGAACCACGAACCAGGGACAGAACUCUGACAGUGGAUGAUAGUGCUCCAGUGCUCCCAGUGCUUCCAGUGCUUCCAGUGCUCCAGGGCUCCAAGUGCUUCCAGUGCUCCCAGGGCUCCCAGUGCUCCCAGUGCUUCCAGUGCUCCCAGUGCUCCACAGAGAAGCCCCUCCCUCAGCCUCGACAGGGAACCUCCUGGAGGAGCAGACAGCUCCCUCUAGUGUCUGAGAAGAAGACUUCAGCUGCUCCAUCUGCUGGAAUUUUUCAGUCUCCUGUGAGUCCUGCUCCGCUUCAGACCGGUCCAGUCCAGCAGACAGCAGCGGCAUUAGACAGCAGCAGCAGGGCUGUGAGGAGGUCGGGGUUGGGGUCCAGUCUGCGGUUCGAAGCCAUUCCUCUGGACCAGGAGGCUACAGAGGGAGCACAGGUCACAUUCACCUGUCAAGUCUCAUCAGCUGCUGUUGCUACGGUUACAUGGCUGAAAGACGGGGGUCAGGUGAAACCCGGACCAGGUCUGCAGCAGAGACAGGAUGGCAGCCGUCUCACCCUCAACAUGGAGAGAGUGACACAGGCUGACCGCGGCAACUACAGCUGUCAGCUGAUCACUGCUGAUGGACAGAAGGUUACCUCUGCAACAUGGACGCUGUCUGUCAACAGUGUGUCUGGGCAGCCUCCAGUGUUCGUCAGCGCUCUGCAGGGCUGUUGUGUAUCGGAGGGUCAGACUAUCAGCCUGCAGGUCUCUGUGGAGGGAAAACCUGCUCCAGGUGUCAGCUGGUUGCAUAACGACGGGCCGGUUCCAGCUGUUGCUCGGUCCUCGUGUGUCGGGGGCGCGGCCACGCUGACCAUCCAGCGCGCGUCCCGCCGUGACGAAGGCGUGUACGUGUGCGUGGCGAAGAACAGCCGUGGCAGAGCGGAGUGCAGCGCCAGAGUCCAGGUCAAAGGCAGGCUGCCGGGUCGCAGGUCAGAGCUCAGAGGAGAGUGUGAGGCUCCUCGCUUCACCAGAGGCCUCACAGACCUGAAGGUGAUGGACGGCAGCAGAGUUACCAUGACAGUGGAGCUGACUGGUCAGCCUCCUCCAGAGGUGGUUUGGCUUCAUGACGGCCAGGAGGUGACCGAGUCAGAGGACUUCCACCUGCUCAGAGAGGAGAACCGCUGCACUCUGCUGAUCCAGGAGGUUUUCCCAGAAGACACUGGGGCGUACAGCUGCCAGGCCCGGAACCAGAGUGGAGAGGACCGCACCCAGGCCCGGCUCACCGUGGAGGAGCCCCAGGAUGGCGUCCAGCCCUGGUUCAUCACCAAACCCAAACCGGUGAGCGCCGCCGCGGGUCAACACGUCCUGCUGUCCUGCGCCAUCGCCGGAGACCCGUUCCCCCAGUACACCUGGACCACAGCCGACCCGGGCCGACCUCUGACCUCCGGAGGAGACUACGAACUGCUGCAGAAAGAGGACGUCAUCUCACUGCUGAUCAGGAGAGUUAAAAAGCACCAUGCAGGAGAUUACCUGGUCACGCUGAGGAACGAGGUGGGUGAGUGCAGCGCUGUGGCGAGUCUGUCCAUCUGUGACGGAGGAGGAGAGACGGACGGGACGAGAGGACGAGCAGCAGAAGACGACAGCCCGGCAGCAGCAACAGCAACAGCAGCAGGAGGAGGAGGAGGAGGAGGAGGAGGAGCAGCUGGUGGGACAGCGGCGCAGAGAGGAGGAGGAGGAGGAAGAGGAGGCGUGGAGCGGAGAAGCAGCCAGCAGCAGUGUCAGUCGGCAGUGGCAGGAGGCCAACCAGGAGCAGAAGGAACGAGCAGGAGCGUCCAACCCGAACUCCUGCACCUGCAGAGGGAGAAGAAGAAGGAGAGCGAGCAGGAGUCUCCUCAGGGCCUCCUCAAGCGCUGCGUGGAAACCAGGGAGCGCGGCGAACAGGAGCUGCGACAGAGGGAGGCGCAGCAGCUCGACUUCCGCUCGCUGCUGGGACGCCGAGCCGGCGACGCCAAAGACAACCCAGUAGAGGAGCCGAGGGAGGCCGGCCUCGCCGCCACCGAACACCAGAUGGAUUUUAAGGCCAACCUGAAGGGUGUCAAACCCAAGAUCGAGGAUGAUCGUAAGCUGAGCGCUCCGCAGCAGGUGGACUUCCGCUCCGUGCUGGGAAAGAAAGGCGGCGCCGCCGGCAACAAACCCGCCGAGGCGUCCGUAAAGAACGACACUGACUUCCGCUCCGUCCUCGCCAACAAGAAGAAGCCGACGAGCCCAGAGAAGAACGGGCAGAGUGACAAAGUGAACAACUGCGUGGAUGGAGGGAUUAAUGAGAAGAAGAGCAAGAGUGUUGGAGGAGUAGUAGGAGGAGGAGGAGGAGGAGGAGUAGUGGAUGGAGGGAUUAAUGAGAAGAAGAGCGUCGGAGGAGGAGGAGGAGGGAAGGUGCCGGAGUUCACAGAGAAGCUGAGCGAUGUGACGGUGCUGGACGGCCAGCGGCUCCGGCUGCAGUGCCGCCUCGCCGCCGCCGCUGCCUCUGAUGUCACGGUCAGCUGGACGCUGGACGGGAAGAUCAUCAAACCGUCCAAGUUCAUCGUCCUCGCCAACGAAGGUGGCCUGUGCUCUCUGACCAUAGGUAAAGCUCUACCAGAGGAUGAAGGCCAGUAUAAAUGCAGAGCGGAGAGCUCAGCAGGCAAAGCUGAAUGUUCCUGUAUGGUUCUCGUAGACGAUCCGGCAGAAAACUCUCCGGCUGACAAGAAGUCCAAGAAGGCGACUCCGACCUCAGAGAGUGAAGCCAGAAUAAAGAAACCGACAACGAAGACUCCUCCCAAACAAGCUCUGCCUCCUCAGAUCCUUCAGUUUCCAGAGGACAUGAAGAUCCUGGUGGGACAGAAGGUGGAGAUCCUCUGCAAGUUCUCUGGAGCUCCGCCCGUCGCCUGCACCUGGCUCAAGUUCAGGAAACCGAUCCAGGAGGGCUCAGCUGAUAUCUCCAUAGAGAGCUCUGACAGCAGCAGUAAACUCACCAUCUCCAGCGGUCAGCAGGAACACUGCGGCUGUUACACCAUCGAGCUGAGGAACAGCUACGGACUCCGCCAGGCCGCCCUCAACCUCACCAUCGUCGAUAAACCAGACCCCCCAGCAAAGGUCCCUGCAACGUCAGAUAUCCGGCGGUCCAGUCUGACGCUGUCUUGGUACGGGCCGACCUACGACGGAGGCAGCGCCGUACAGUCCUACAACCUGGAGAUCUGGGACUCGGUGGAGCAGCAGUGGAAACACCUGGUGUCCUGCAACAGCACCUCCUACAACAUACAGGACCUUCUGCCAGAGCGUCAGUACAAGUUUCGUAUUCGGGCGGAAAAUAUUUACGGAGUCGGAGAACCGAGCGCCGAGUCUGAACCCGUUAGUGUCGGAGUCGUGGAAAAUGAGAAUCAGGAGGAAGUGGAGGAGGAGGAGGAUGACUCGGAGAAGGAGCCGGACUACAGAGACGUGUCGAUCAGAACCGACCUGAAGGUGAAGGACCUGUACGACGUCGAGGAGCGGCUCGGAACAGGGAAGUUCGGUCAGGUCUUCAAGCUGGUGGAGAAGGCCACGAAGAAGGUGUGGGCGGGGAAGUUCAUCAAAGCGUACUCGGCCAAGGAGAAGGAGAACGUGCGGCAGGAGAUCGGAAUCAUGAACAGCCUCCAUCACCCCAAACUGGUCCAGUGCAUCGACGCCUUCGAGGGGAAGUCCGACAUCGUCAUGGUCCUCGAGUUGAUUUCGGGCGGCGAGCUGUUCGAGCGGAUCAUCGACGAGGACUUUGAGCUGACGGAGCGAGAGGUGAUCAAAUACAUGCUGCAGAUCAUCGACGGCGUCAACUUCAUCCACAAGCAGGGCAUCGUUCACCUGGACCUCAAACCGGAGAACAUCAUGUGCAUCAACAAGACCGGCAGCAAGAUCAAACUCAUCGACUUCGGUCUCGCCAGACGACUAGAAAACGCCGGGACUCUGAAGGUGUUGUUUGGGACUCCAGAGUUUGUGGCUCCGGAGGUGAUAAACUAUGAAGCCAUCAGCUACCCGACGGACAUGUGGAGUAUAGGAGUCAUCUGUUAUAUACUGCUGAGCGGACUUUCUCCCUUUAUGGGCGACAACGAUAACGAGACUCUGUCCAACGUCACCUCGGCCACCUGGGACUUCGAGGACGACGCCUUUGAUGAAAUCUCCGACACCGCAAAAGACUUCAUCGACAACCUGCUGAAGAAGAACAUGAAGGCUCGGCUGACCUGUGCUAAGUGCAUUGAACACCCUUGGCUGAAGCAGGACACCAACACCAUGAAGGCCAAGAAGCUGUCGAAGGAAAGGAUGAAGACGUACAUCCUGAGGAGGAAGUGGCAGAAAACGGCUCACGCUGUGCGAGCCAUCGGCCGGCUGUCCUCCAUGGCCAUGAUGGCCGGCGUCAGCGCCAAGAAGGGCUCGCCCACCGAAGAGGACAAUCAGUUCCUGGAGUGUUUGGAGUACGAGCAGAAGACGGAGUGUAAGCCGAGCUUCAGCUCCGUCAUCAAAGACGUGGAAGUGGUGGAAGGCAGCGCGGCUCGCUUCGACUGCAAGAUCGAAGGGUUUCCGGAUCCCGAGGUUGUUUGGUACAAAGACGAGCAGCCGAUCAAAGAGACUCGACACUUCCAGAUCGACUACGACGAAGACGGAAACUGCAGUCUGGUCAUUUCAGAGGUGUCGGGCGACGACGACGCCAAGUACACGGUGAAGGCGGUGAACAGUCUCGGGGAGGCGACCUGCACCGCUGAGCUGCUGGUGGAGGUGAUGGCAGGAGAGGAAGAGGAGGAGGAGGAAGAGGAAGAGGAGGAAGAGUAGAGCAGUGAACGUUUGGACUCUCACAGGAAGAGGAAGACGUGACUCCUGUCAGACACGAGCACGAAGAAAACUAAAAGACCCACAAUUAAGAAACGAUGUGAUUGGAGGAGCAGGUGGGCAAGGGGGCGGGGCUUGAACAUCAGGGUGGUUUCGAUUGGCUCAGACAUGUUGGAAACAAACCAGAAAGAUUCAAACUUAAACCGAGUCAACAUUCACACGAAGCUGCAAAAUCCUAAAAUUAUGAGUUAAAAAACGCCUCCUACUGAGCAUGUGCAGAAGGACGGUUAGUCUGGAACAAAUCAGAGAGAAGCUGCAUUUCCCAGUUUAACCAGUUUAACCAGUUUAAAGCAGCCAAAGGACACAACAUUAAAAAAAAGGAAUCGAUCAUUUUAAGGUCCAAAUUAAAAGUUGGUUUGUUUCCACACUGCACUGAGAUCAGUCACGAUGAAAAUUAGACCUAAAAAAUAAUAAUAAUAAGCCCCGCCCACCUGCCCCAAUCUUAUAUAUCAGGCAUGUAAUGCACAAAACGACCAUCAGAUGGCGCCACAGCUGCCAGCUACAGGCCACGCUGGUGUAUAUUAGAUUUCAUCUUCUCUCAGAGGGUUUAUUGAACAGAAUGAGUCUAACAUGUUUUUAAAAAGUCAG